AUGGAGAAGAUUUCAGUGUCAGCAUUCUUGCUACUUGUGGCCCUCUCCUACACUCUGGCCAAAGAAACCACAGUCAAACCAGGAGCUAAGAAGGACACAAAGGCCUCUCAACCCAAACUGCCCCAGACCCUCUCCAGAGGUUGGGGCGAUCAACUCAUCUGGACUCAGACAUAUGAAGAAGCUUUACACAAAUCCAGGACAAGCAAUAAACCCUUGAUGAUUAUUCAUCACUUGGACGAAUGCCCACACAGUCAAGCUUUAAAGAAGGCAUUUGCUGAAAAUAAAGAAAUCCAGAAAUUGGCAGAGCAGUUUGUCCUCCUCAAUCUAGUUUAUGAAACAACUGACAAACACCUUUCUCCUGAUGGCCAGUACGUCCCCAGGAUUAUGUUUGUUGACCCAUCCCUGACAGUUAGAGCCGACAUCACUGGAAGAUACUCAAAUCGUCUCUAUGCUUACGAACCUUCGGAUAUGGCUCUAUUGCUUGACAACAUGAGGAAAGCUCUCAAGUUCCUGAAGACUGAAUUGUAG